AUGAUAUCAACGUCUCAAAAUAGUCACCUUCGUAGGUAUUCGUCUGUGAGCGAAGUACCCGUUGAAAAUAACGUUUUGAGAAAGGUUGCAAGUUUAACGUUGGAAAAAAACACGAUAGAAAAUAAAAUCAACAAACCGAAAUUCGUACCUGAAAAAUUAGAUUUUCAACUUUACGAAAAAUUCGAAGGUAAGGACGUGAAAUGCGUGGGUGUAAAAUUUUAA